CGACUUGACGUCACUAUCCAACUACGGCGUCCUCCCUUGCAACAACACAAGAGGCGAAUUUCACUGUCAUAAAUAGGCAAGGUCGGGAUUUAAAGUCGGGUCCUCCGAACGGCAUGAAGGCGCAGACUGUUUCAUCAUAGUAUGUUUUCCGACUGCUGGGAGGGAAAUGCUGCUUCGUCUCUGAAUAAUCUGGCUCGACAGGAUUCAGUUCUACCAAGGAAGGAUCCUUGAGGAUCAUGGACUUUGAGAAACAGCCUACCUCGUUGCUAACUGAACGGAACUCUACGGAAGCUCGUUGGAUCAGAAUGCGACACCCGGAAGAGGAUGAGCAAAAUUAUUAAGCGGCAGUUACCAAAGAAGUUACCUAAGCACUUGGUGGAUGUUGUAACUGUCUGUCCAUCACGAUCUGUCUGAGAUAGACCUAAAAAAUCGAAAACUGGGAUUUCAAAGCUGCUGUCAAGUUAAUUAGCAGCGACCAGUGUUCCAUAAUUUGGGUCUUUUUCCGCGAAUGUUAUCGUUAGCAAAGUGUCUGCGUUAGCCACCAAGGUCACUGGAUUGGGUGAACACGUGCGAUUUUGCCACAGUGAUUACGUUUCUUGUCACCUUGAUUGGUCGCAAAAAUGGCUGGAUUGAUUAAUUUUGAAGACGAACAAGAAGUGAAGCAGUUCCUGGAUAAUUUGGGAGUUGAAUUCAGCUAUCAAUGUUACCGCGAGAAGGACCCUGAAGGUUGUCAGCGACUUGCGGAUUAUCUGGAAGGAGUCAAGAGAAACUACGAAUCAACUGCACAGGUUCUCAAGCAUAACUGCGAGACAAACGGACACGGGGAGAGCUGCUACAAACUUGGGGCUUAUUACGUUGCUGGCAAAGGUGGAUUGACUCAGUGCCUCAAGACGGCCUACUCAUGUUUCCUGCGCUCCUGCAAAGCUGGUGGGAAGAAGUCAGUAGACGCCUGCCAUAAUGUGGGACUGCUGGCCCAUGAUGGGCGGUCCAUGGAGGGUGGCCCAGAUGCAGGGAUAGCCCGGGAGUACUAUGAGAAGGCCUGUACUGGGGGCUUUGCUCCCAGCUGCUUCAAUCUGAGUGCACUCUACAUUCAGGGCUCCCCAGGGUUAGAGAAGAAUAUGCCACUGGCACUGCAGUACUCCAUGCGUGCAUGUGAGCUAGGACAUGUUUGGGGAUGCUCAAAUGCUAGCCGCAUGUACAAACUUGGGGAUGGGACACCCAAAGAUGACCAAAAAGCAGAAGACCUGAAAAAUAGGGCCAAGGAACUUCAUGGACAGCAGAAAGAGCGACAGUUGAAAUUUGGAGAAUGAAGGAAGUCUGAAACUUUACCUCAAGUGGCCGAGCAGCUGUUUUAGUGAAAACAGUGUUUAUUCUUUGUGGAAUCUGUAGGGCAGUGAAAUAACUGUGAUUGUCAGUGGGGACAGAGCUGUACAGACUGUUGUUUUGGGAGAAAAAGUGGUGCCAUAAACUUUAUCUUGAUUGCCAUUCCAACCAGUGCUAUGCAAUGCAGGAAAACUGUGUUUUUAUUUUCAAGUAAAGUUUUCUUUCAAUCACUCUGAAAAAUAUUCAUUAAAAUGGACAGUCAUGCUUGUGAUAUUCAAUUUCUUAGAUUUUGUUUUUAAUAUGUAUUUUUGAUAAACUAUGUUUGCAUAUGAUUAUGAAACUAUUAACUGGGCUUUCCUUCUAAAAAUGUAAUAUGUGAUUUGAUCCACAAUUAACAUACUCUAUGUUAAUCCAUCAACAUACUCUAUUUUGAACACCUGUAAUAUGGAGUUUACUUUGGAUACUUUACAUGGAUGGCCACGAGAGGGAGCCACAGGUCACUGUUUGUCUUUGGUCUACUGGUGUGCUCGUGCUGAAGCAUAUUCCCUACCAGUACCUUGGCGAAUAAUCUAGAGACACUCGAAGAUACAAAGUAACCUUUACGAUUUGUAUUCCAUGUAUACCAUAUUUACACAUUGUAUUCCAUGAUCAUGAUCACGACCAGCUUAUAAACGGGUUUCAUCAA